AUGGUGAGCACCACGGUGGACAACGCCCCGGCCUUUUUACAAUUACGCGAUAAGUACAAACAAGAAUUGGUGGAGGAUACUCGCUUGACCAAAGCCGCGGAUUUAGCGGCCAAACAACAUGUACUCCUGACCAGUGAUGCUCCCGAUGCGUGGAAACGGCCUCAACUCAAAGCCGUCAGCCGUCAAUUACGCCAUUGGACCAAAAAAGUGCGCCAACCCUUUGGAGCUGCCGCUGGGGGUGUGAGUGCUGCUGGGGCCACCACACCGGGCGAUGAUGAUUUUGAAGCGGGCCCUAUGCAAGCUUGGUUCACGCAAUUGGUCAAGGCCACCCAGGGUAUAAAACAAGGUACCCCGACUCGUGGACCCAGAAAACCACCUAUCCCGCCUAAACCAAGGUUCACUCCCAGUGCCAAAAAGAAACUCAAGUUCACGACCCCGUUGACCAGUGAAGAAUUGGCCCAAGAGUUGCCCUUUUCAGACACGUACGGUCAAGAACCCUGGGAUACCCCCAGUGAACGAGUGGAAUCCAUCAAGCAAUCGAUCAAGCGCGGGAUUCGCAAAAAAGCCGCGGGUGUUGCCAAAAAGAAAGCCGCUGGUUGGGCCAAGAAAGCCUUGGAUUGGAAAACGUGGAAAACCCCCUAGCAUGGGACGGACUCGGAGACGCCGUGCUGCUCCAUCCCGUUCCCGAGCCAGGCGACGACGACGCUCGCAACGUGGCGGCAAGUUAUUCGAUGUACAGAACCUCCUCAACAAGACCGGCAUUGAAUUUCAUUGGCCCGGUUACCAGUAUAUGGGACCUGGCACCCAUUUAAAGAAACGAUUGGCCCGUGGGGAUCCCGGCAUUAACCGGUUGGACAGGAUUGCUAAAGCCCACGACAUCGACUAUGAUAAAGCCAAGAAUUUGAAAGACAAAUGGGCCGCGGAUCGCAAGAUGAUUGCCAAGAUUGAUCAACUCCCCGGCAGUAAAAACCUAACAGAGCGCAUUGUGAGACGCAUUAUGAAAGCCAAACUCCGAUUGGGCAUGUAA